AUGCCCUCGCGGUGGCUCUUCAACGAGCUGCUGGCGCACAGCGAGGACGAGAGCGAGGCGGCGGCGGCCGCCUGCGUGCGGCUGCGGGUGCGGCUCGCGGCGGCUCUGCGCGACGCCCUCGCGCGAUGGCCGCAGGCCGAGCGCCUGCUGUGUGCGGAUGCCGAGGACGGCGAGGCUCCCAUCGGCGCGCCGCCCGUGCGCGUGGAGGUGCGGGGCACGGCCGGCCGCAGCCUGAUCUUCGACGCGUUCACGGUCGGCUCCGCGCCCGAGUGCGACGUGCAGGCGGUCGGAGACGACACGGUUCGCCCACUGCACUGCGUGGUGCUCUCGAUGCCUGGCGGCGUCGUCGUGGCCGACUUCUGGUCGGGGGCUGCGGAGGGGGCCUUCGUGCUCCACGCGGCGAGCGGAUCACCCUCCACAUCGGCGACAUUGCCACCGGAACCGUCGGGCUCGGCCCCGACGCGCGAAAAGCUCGCAGGCAGUUGCCCGCCAGGGAGCAGGCGGCCUGCGGCCGGGCCUGCGCGCCGCGGGAGGCGGCUGCAACCGCCGCCCUGCCGCACCCGGCCGCAGGCGGCCUGUCGAAGGCCGGCGCGGCGUCGCAGGCCAGCACCCUGUUCGUGGCACCGUCGCGGGCGAGCUCGCUGUGCUCCUCGAGGUCCAGGUCCCCGCGCCGCCGCGGGGCCGGCGAGGCGCUGUGCGCUGGGCCGCCGCCCGUGGAGGCCCAGUGAGGAACAGCGAGAGGGACCCUCCCGUGGCCCCGCCCCCACUCCACCCCUUUGGAUCCCGCCGCUGUGCUGCCUCGGCAUCGCCGAGCAUCUCUCCAGGAGCACCGGCCAGUGCUGGGCGCUGGCUGCCUGGGCCGUCUAG